CAUUUGUCUCCUACGGAAGCUGUGCUCUUAAUGCUAUAAAUGUAAUAAAACAUAAUAUGUUGAUGUCCGUUUAUAAUAUGCCCGAUUUGUCGACAUCAUCUGCAGCUUCGUUUCCCCGCUGAUACUGGCUGUGCCACCAUCCUGACUGUACCCCUCAACACCACAAACUCACAUUGUGAGAGAUUUGACAGCUGACACAUCAACGCCAACAUCUACAUCCAUCACAAACAAACCCGCGUCAAAAGUACACGUCAGAAACAAAUCAAGUCACACGCAAUGGCUCUCCCUCCCAAGUUCGCCGGCCACAAGCUCGAGUUCGCCGCUCCGCCCGCCGCCGCCUCGGCCGUCGCCCACACGACGCACACGGCCGAGCUCUACCUGGACUACUGCUGCCCCUUCUCCGCCAAGAUCUUCCGCACGCUCACCAGCGCCGUGGUCCCCGCCAUCAAGGCCAACCCCAAGUGGGCGGCGGGCAUCGCCUUCGUCUUCCGCCAGCAGAUCCAGCCGUGGCACCCGUCGUCGACGCUGAUGCACGAGGCCGCGCUGGCCGUGCUGCGCAUCGCCCCAGAGCGCUUCUGGGAGUUCAGCGGCGUGCUGUUUGACGAGCAGGCGGCCUUCUUCGACGUCAACGUCGUCAACGAGACGCGCAACGAUACGUACCGUCGCCUCGCCAAGGUGGCCGCCAAGGUCGGCGUCGACGAGGAUGAGGUCUACCGCCUGCUGGUCAUCCCCGACAAGCCGGGUGCGGACGGAGCGCUGAAUGCGGGGAACCAGGUCACCGUCGACGUCAAGCUCGUCACCAAGAUGAACCGGUUGAUUGGCGUCCACGUUACGCCUACUGUUGUGUAUGACGGUGUUGUGCAGGACAUCAGUUCUGGGUGGACGCUUGAGCAGUGGACCGAGUGGCUCGAUAAGAAUGUUGUCUAGAGGCAUUGUGUCAACACAGCUAUGUACUUGAUCGAAUCAGAUACAAGCAGCGUAAUCGUCUGCCAUCAGUCUCUUCGUCAAUGUCUUAUCGUAAUUCAAUUGUGAAAAUACCACGCAAAAAUUCAAGUUCAGUCG